AUUAACAAUUUAACAUAGAAAAAACAAAAAGAACACCUUCUAUGCUGCCUCGUCGUUAUCCUCCGGCGUUCCAUUCCACUCCUACAGACACAAACCAACCUGGAUUUCAUUUCCGAUCUGUAAAUCAUCAGAUCACAACUCAGGUAAGGUAAUUGUCUGAAAAACAAUGUCGAAUUCAGCGCCGGAAGAUGAAAUAACGAUUCCUCCGAAAUCGAAGAGAUUAAGGCAUGAAAAUGAAGAAGAUAAGCUGAGUGAUUUACCAGAUUGUGUUAUUCUUCACAUAUUAUCGUUUUUGAAUGCCAAAGAAGUAGUUAGAACUUGCAUUUUGUCCAAAAGGUUGAACAAUUUUUGGAAACGUAGUCCUAAUCUUGUAUUGCAUUCUACUGAUUUUACUACUUUCAAGAGUUUUACUAAAUUUGUUUCGAAGAUUUUGUCUCUUCGCGAUGGAUCAAUUGCGCUGCAAGCUCUUGAUUUUGAACGUGUAGGUAGUAUUGAGCCUCACUUGCUUAAGAGGAUUGUGAACUAUGCUUUUUCUCAUAAUGUUCAACGAUUAGGAAUAUCGGUGAAAGGUGAUAUUUGUCACAUUUUGCCUUGUAUUUCUUCGUGUCGGACUUUAACUUCACUUAAGCUUUCCGUUUCUCCUAAAGGUCGGCAUAAUUAUGGGAGAACGUUGUUUCCAAAAUCUUUGGAUUUGCCGGCAUUAACCAGCUUACAUCUAGGGAAUUUCGCCUUUUGUGCUAGUGACAAAGGCCUAACUGAGCCGUUUUCGGCUUUUAACAAGUUGAAUAGUUUGGUAAUUGACAAUUGUACGGUGAAGGAUGCACAAAUUCUCUGCAUAUCAAGUGAAACGCUUGUUAAUUUGACUAUGCGUAAUCAUUCUUCUGACCUUUACAAAAUUGAACUAUCUGCUCCAAGUCUUUGCACAUUUGCUUUUACCGGAACCCCUUAUCAAAAACUCUGUGGGAGCAAUCUUUCUUCUGUUAAACAGGUGAAUAUUGAUGCAGAAAUGUUGUCAAACUAUACGGAGCCUCCUUUGGUUUUACUUAGUUGGCUGCUAGAGUUUGCUAAUAUCAAAUCGUUGACGGUCUCUGCAAGUACUCUUCAGGUUCUCUCGUUAAUUCCUGAUUUAUUGAAGGAUAAGCUCACUUCCUUGUGUAACUUGAAGUCACUCAAAGUACAACUGAAACCCCUUUCAUAUGGAUUAUCCAUGACACUGAGAACUGCCAAGUUACAAAAAGAAGUUAAAGCAGGAUCGGAACCAUCUUCACCCAUACCUGAUGGAAUAGUGGACUUUUUGAUUCAAAACUCACCGUCGGCAGAAGUUGACAUCAUAGAUUGCUCAAGGUUUGGUGGCUCCUUUGACUAUCUGCCUCCAUUUCCCGUGUCUUCCAUUUUUCCUCAAUUCCUUCAGCCUUCUUCUCGCGAGUCUGUUGUGGAUGACCUGCGCCAGCGGAUACAACAGUUAGAGCAAGCGGUAUUACAAGUGCAGCAGUAUAUUCAACUAGCCCAUGAAGAGAUAUCUCGGGAGAGGGAGGAAAUGUCUGCCAUCCAAGGGCAUAUGUCGAUGUUGUCAAAGACCCUUGCUGCCCUAAAACGGCAGAUGCAGACUAUGGGGCUCUGGCAAUAAUGUCAAGACGAUCGGUGCCAUUAUCAUAAUGAUGAUGAUAGAUUUUAAGAAUAGCUAAACACUUUUUUUCUUUCUCUCUCCACUUUGUAAUACUGUUGCUUCGAGACUUUAAACUUUAGGUAACAAGCUUCGGGGCAGCUAUAAGCUUUCGUAAACAACGGGGCUCAUCUUAGGGAAAGCUAUAACAAGCUUCGGGGCAAGCUACAUAGGCUUUCAAACAAUGGAACUCACCUCCACCUUCAGUAAAAAUGUAGAUGACGCUGCCCCUUAGCCUCCAUUGCUGAAUCCAUUGGGUUGCAGAAUCUUGAGAAAACUUGAGAAUGUAUUAUAUUGAUUUAUUUUUUUUGAGUCUGUAGCGCACGCACACAUAGACAGAGUGAAUUCAAGUUAAUUGCUUAUAACAAAUAAUUUAAUUGCUUAUAACAAAAAAGACAUUAUGUUGAGUACAUUAAUUAUGGAUGAAUUUGACUCUUUAAAA